GUGCCUGGACUGCACCCUCCUCCGAUACCACCAGCUCCUCUGUUAAUAUUUUCGGUUUUACUUGAACAUGCCUCGGGCUAGGUCUCUUCGUUCCCUCGCCAUCUCGUCAAGACGAAAUGUGUCUCCCACCCCACCGUCACCAACAUUCUCAGAGGCUACGAAUGUCUCUGCAAUGGAUUUCGGUCCGAACGGACCAGCGAAGAUCAUCACGAAAGCAAACCUCAGAGCUAGCAUACAAGCGUAUGAGGAUUUGCUCAACAAAUGUGCCGGUUAUCGCGCAGCACUUUUGGCAAUGUCCCAAGCCACUGCAGGGUUCGCUGAUGCUAUGGAAACUUGCGCCACGUUGAAGGGACCCAACUACGAAUCGGGGACGAGGUUGCAAGCUGCAUCAGGGCUCCACCACCUAAUGGGUAAUCAUUGGCAUCUUAUGGCAGAGACGCUUGACAAGCAAUUUGAGAAGCCCCUUCGACAACAUGUCGAGGAAUAUAAGACUAUCGUUACGGAUCGUUCAAAUGCAUAUGAGAGAGCUUUACGCCAGAAGAGCGACAUCAUUCGCCAGACGGAGAUGGGCAACUUGAGAAAGAAGAACCGCAAUUUACAAAGCUUCAGAGAAGCUUUGGCUGUUCUCCAACGACAGGUUGAGGAACUCGACGAGCUCAAAGCAAAUCACUAUCAGGACAUUGUAGAGCAUGAAGAAGAGGUGUGGGAUGUCGUUCAGGGCAAAAUUUGCAUCGUGGUCCGAUCCACCCUCGAUGUCUUCGACCGCUUUACUUCCAAAGCCUCCGACCCCGUCAUUGAGCCCAUGCUCCAAUCCGUGCCUGAUCCAUUCGACACUUAUGGACCUCCACCAGCGGAAGACAAGAUAUUCAGCAUCCUCCCUCCCUUAUCCGUCAUCGCCAAUGUACCCUCAUCAAGUCCAAGUCCACUGACUUCCUCAACGCCCGAUCUUUCAAGUAGCGAUAGUAGCGACGGUAUCGUGUCGGCCAAGAGCUCUUGGACACCCAGUUCAGGAACCUACUUUGCGGAAUCUAGUUCAGCUUGGGCUGAUGCUGCAGGUUCACCACCUUCCGCCUCUGCCUCUGCUCCUAUUUCAGCUCGCCCGGCUUCACCAACGCCCGUAGCACGUUCUAUAUCACCCCUCACCGUUCCAAUACGUCGAAACUCUCAUCCUCCUUCUGCUCCAUCCCAUCAAUCUAAGAAGUCUGAAUCCAAGCUGCGAAGCGUCCUCUCUGUGAUAGACGAGACUACUUCCCGCCAAAAUGGUGACAGUCAAGAGGGCACCAGUAGAAGUGCCUCGGAGCCGGCGUUAGCUACGUAUGGACCUGUCUCAUCGAAUGGACAUGGGACGAUUCCUGAUGACCCGGACGGGGGAGGUUGGGGGACGACGGUGAAAUUGAAGUAUUCUGGAUCUACGUCUGUCACCAUUGAUGAUGACCUUACACCACGAAACACUGCUCUUCGCUCACAAUCUCCCGUUGAAACACCACACGCUAAAAGGAGCCUGAGCCCACAUUCUGAUGAUACUGUUGUUCUUUCAUGACCUCAACGACACUAACUAAUGGACAUGCGUAGAUACCCGACCAGAUACCGUCUUUUCUUGCUUGCUUACUUUGUUGUAUUCUUUCACUAUCUAUUUUCUUUUUCUUGCUUUCGCUAAUGUUUGUACAAUGUACGAUAAUCAACUUUCCACAUUCCUGUCGGUAUUUAUUGCGGGUUACGUAGAAUAUCACGACACCUUCUACCUUCCAUUACGAGGUCGAACAUUAUACUGUUCUAAGACUGCGGGAUCUGCAGGUGCGGGGCUCUGGAAUAACAGGUCUUUCCCUGUCC